GUUACGAUUGCCCGACUGCGCGUCUUCCGCCAUCUUUGCUGGACGGAGUCGUUGUUGGAGCUUCGCUGGCGUAGAGAAACGGUGGAUACGUGUGCUCGCGGCGGGCAGUGAACGGGGAAUCGUGAUCGUGGUGCCGUGAGUGUCGAGUGUGAAUCAGUCGAAAAAGAAGGAAAGAAAGAAAUAAAAAGAGUGAGAGAGAGAGAGAAAGAUAGAGCGGUGAAUCAGAGCCGUGCGCUGUUACGGAGUGUCACACGGGCGACUGAGGAGAGAACGAGAGCCUCGCAGAGUCGCGCUUACGCCGAACGUCGCAGCACGGUGACAGGAUAAACUCGCUUGUCGGAGACAUGAGUUACCCGAUGUCGUCGAAUCAAUCUAGACCGAUGUCCCACGGAAAUUAUCAGGGCCCGGGCGACCUGCCCAUGGGCUCUGCCAAGGAACAGACCCUGAUGUGGCAGCAGAAUUCUUAUCUGAGUGAUUCAGGUAUUCAUUCUGGUGCUGUCACUCAGGCGCCAUCCUUGUCUGGCAAGGAGGAUGAGGAGAUGGAGGGGGAUCAGUUGAUGUUCGACCUGGACCAAGGAUUCGCACAGGGUUUCACACAGGACCAAGUAGAUGAGAUGAACCAACAACUGAGUCACACACGGUCCCAGCGUGUGCGCGCUGCCAUGUUCCCCGAAACAUUGGAGGAAGGUAUUGAGAUUCCUUCCACGCAAUUCGAUCCAGCACAGCCCACUGCUGUGCAACGGCUGGCUGAGCCGAGUCAGAUGCUGAAGCAUGCCGUCGUCAAUUUGAUCAAUUAUCAAGAUGAUGCCGAUUUGGCGACACGCGCUAUUCCGGAAUUAAUUAAACUCUUGAACGAUGAGGAUCAGGUGGUCGUUUCUCAGGCAGCUAUGAUGGUACAUCAAUUGUCGAAGAAAGAAGCCUCCCGCCACGCCAUCAUGAACAGCUCGCAAAUGGUGGCUGCAUUAGUACGCGCCAUUUCGAACAGCGACGAUCUGGAGUCGACCAAGGCCGCCGUCGGUACUUUGCACAAUUUGUCUCAUCACAGGCAAGGUCUUCUGGCCAUUUUCAAGAGCGGCGGCAUACCGGCUCUGGUGAAACUGCUAAGCUCCCCGGUGGAAUCGGUGCUUUUCUACGCGAUAACGACCCUUCAUAACUUGCUGCUGCAUCAGGAUGGCUCCAAAAUGGCUGUGCGUCUUGCCGGAGGCCUCCAAAAAAUGGUCGCUCUGCUGCAACGGAAUAACGUCAAAUUCUUGGCCAUCGUCACCGAUUGUCUGCAAAUUCUGGCAUACGGGAACCAAGAGAGCAAACUGAUCAUCCUCGCUUCACAAGGCCCGAUAGAGCUCGUGCGCAUCAUGCGCUCCUAUGAUUAUGAAAAAUUGUUGUGGACCACUUCGAGGGUAUUGAAGGUACUGUCUGUAUGCCCCAGUAACAAGCCGGCAAUCGUAGAAGCGGGUGGCAUGCAAGCACUUGCAAUGCAUCUCGGAAAUCCGAGUCAAAGAUUAGUGCAAAACUGUUUGUGGACGUUGCGUAAUCUAUCAGAUGCUGGUACAAAAGUCGACGGACUCGAGGUCUUACUGCAAAGUCUCGUGCAGGUGCUUGGGUCAACGGACGUGAACGUCGUCACGUGUGCUGCUGGCAUCUUGUCAAAUCUUACUUGCAACAAUCAACGUAACAAAGUGACUGUCUGUCAGGUCGGCGGUGUCGACGCUCUCGUUCGUACGAUUAUCAAUGCCGGCGAUCGGGAGGAGAUCACUGAGCCAGCAGUCUGCGCUUUGCGCCACUUGACCUCGCGUCACGGAGAAGCGGAAAUGGCACAAAAUUCCGUUCGAUUAAAUUACGGUAUCCAGGUCAUAGUCAAAUUACUCCAUCCUCCAUCGCGCUGGCCACUGGUGAAGGCGGUAAUCGGAUUAAUCCGCAAUUUGGCUCUCUGUCCCGCAAAUCACAUCCCGCUACGCGACCACGGUGCGAUACAUCAUCUUGUGAGACUUCUAAUGCGCGCAUUCCAGGAUACACAGCGACAACGAUCAUCCGUGGCGAGUACCGGUAGCCAACAGACUUCGGGCGCGUAUGCUGACGGCGUACGUAUGGAGGAGAUUGUGGAAGGUUCAGUAGGUGCGCUGCAUAUCCUCGCAAGAGAAUCCCACAACAGGGUGAUAAUCCGAUCACAGAACGUGAUUCCAAUUUUUGUUCAGUUACUCUUCAAUGAGAUUGAAAACAUUCAGCGUGUGGCUGCCGGCGUACUUUGCGAACUGGCGGCUGAUAAGGAAGGCGCCGAAAUGAUCGAACAAGAGGGUGCUACCGCCCCGUUAACAGAGCUGCUCCACUCCAGGAACGAGGGUGUUGCAACCUACGCAGCGGCAGUGUUGUUCCGCAUGAGCGAGGACAAGCCACAAGAAUACAAAAAGCGACUUUCCAUGGAAUUGACGAAUUCCUUAUUCCGCGAAGACACCAAUUUGUGGAACAAUGCUGACUUUAGCAUGCCUCCAGAUCUUCAGGACAUGCUUGGCCCUGACCAAGGCUAUGAUGGUAUGUAUGGGCAAGGACCUCCUAGUGUACACAGCAGCCACGGCGGUCGGGGUUAUCAACCGCAAGGUUAUGACCAGAUACCAGUAGACUCGAUGCAAGGCUUAGAGAUAGGUGGUGGAUCGACGUAUGGUGCAAUGGACACCAUGGAUGUGGCGCACGAGGGUGAUUUAAGUUUCGAUCAUUUGGAAGAGCUUCCUGCACCGCCGCAGGACAACAACCAGGUAGCGGCCUGGUACGAUACCGAUCUCUAAAUCCGUGCCAUCACCGAUCUCGCGCGAAAAGAGAAGAGAGGGAAGAGAAAGAAAGACAAAGAGAGACGGAAUCAAAUAAAAACAAAGAGAAAACGAAAUGAGAAGAUGUAAAAAAAAAACGAAGUAAAAGAUAAAGGAAAGGAUAACUGCACGGUGGUCAACCGCCGUAUGCGCUAAAUCUACGACCAAUCUCUCACACACACAUACACACACGUGCAUACACACAAGUACACACACACACGCACGCACACACGUUCAUUUUAGACUGGUUUUAUUUACAAGACUCACUUUCGACAUGACGUAGUAGACCGAUCGAAGACUAUUCGCAACUUUGACCGCCUUUCGUCCGCGAACGCGGUCGUCCUCGGAUACAAACGAUCGUAUAGUCGCGCUGUAGCUGACAUCUUCCUGUAGUCCAUCCACCUUCGCUUCCAUCGAACGAAGAGUGGAGACGUUCGCGCUAACUCAUAUCGACCCAAGAAGAAAAAAAGGAAUGUAUCGCCUAAUAUGAUCACUCACCCGUGCGUAUGAGCAUUAUAUUACGCGUUUCUGUUGGCGGCUCUGAUUUUUAAUCGCGCUGCGAGAGCGACGACCUAUUUAUAUCACACUCUCCCCCUCCCUGCCCCUUCCCCCUGCCCAGUCCCGAAAAAAAAAAACUGGUAGUGUCAUUUCGAGGUAUCGAUGACUUAACAAUCACAUAUAAGUAUAACUAUGGAAUAACGAUGAAACUUUCGUAUUAUGUAUUUUACAGGGUAGUUAUACUUAAUUUGUAUUGUCAUUAUUAAAGUAGCUGCGCAAUCGGAACGACACUCGGCGUCGCACGAUGCACCGUAUGCGCUUCCGAUCGCAAUCGAUGUAUUAGAAUUAAGAAAAAGACACUCGUAAUUCGUACACACAUGUAUAUGUAUCGUUUAUUGUCCAUACAAAUAAACUGAACGAUCAAGUCAA